CGACUAAAUUGAAUCGUUUCUGGUGCUCCCUUAGACACCGCCGACGGACCUAAUGUGAGUAUGAGAUGUGCUCUAACGGUCUCUCUCAGCAUCCUACGCUCCCUUGGCACCCAAUUUGCGCUUGAAAUAUCCGUUAUCACGGGUUUUGACUCUGGAUGCGUGGUUCCAACUUUGGAUGCACUUUGGCUUUUGAUAUUGAACCUCUGAACUGACAACUUCCACCCUUUCUUUUGCACCGAACAUUUCCGCGUUAUAGUCACUCAAUUAUGACCAGAUUCAUCGAGUUCCAAAUCAUCGGUCGCCACCUCCCAACGGAGGCUAAUCCCACACCAAAAUUGUACCGUAUGCGUAUCUUUGCGCCCAACCCGGUCGUUGCCAAGUCACGUUUCUGGUUCUUUCUUUCAAAACUGAAGAAGAUUAAGAAGGCCAACGGCGAAAUCGUCAGCAUUGAUGUUAUUCCGGAGAAGGAACCCGGUCGGGUGAAGAACUUCGGUAUUUGGAUUCGAUACGAUUCGCGUUCGGGGACGCACAACAUGUACAGGGAAUUCCGGGAUCUUACGAGGGCAGCUGCUGUCCACACCUUGUACCAGGAUAUGGCUUCUAAACAUCGCGCUCGCUUUUCGUCUAUCCACAUCAUUCGUGUUCAAGAGAUCGAGAAUGACGAAGAUAUAAGGCGUCCUUACAUCCAACAACUUCUUGACCCCAAGCUUCGUUUCCCCCUGCCCCACCGCGUCGCCAAGCACCGCUCGAAGUUUAUCGCUUAUCGCCCAUCUACGCAUUGAACGACAUUGCUAUGAUCAUCAUCUGUCCAGUAGUGUCGGGUCGACCACCGCCUUUAUGACAUGAUCAUUAUCAGCAUGUUACUAUGUAUCUUCUCAGUACAUAUGCAACAACAUAGCCCAUGCCUCCUCGGCUUUUGAAAGCCUUAUCCCGAUUCUUACCUAGCCUAGGAGAGACUUGGACCCUUGAAUUUUGCUGAAGGAAUUAUGCUGACUCGCGCGAGAAUCUUAUGUGUCG